GUGGGAUUCUGUCUUUUUCGUAGCUAGCGCCUUUCGUAAAUCUUUUACAACUGCAAUUUUGCGGAAAUAUGUUUAUCCUCGCCGUCUGGGGCUCACGGCGGCGAGGCCUGUCCCAUGCUCGCCCACGCCUGACUCGGCCGGGCGUCAACCAGCGUCACGAAAUCGAGGGUGGCUUCAACGCCAGCCUCCAUCACCCCGUCCGUCGCCCGAAACCGAAGUUGAAGUUAAAGAACAUGCACGGCCACAAGAUCGACGUGGAUCCGCAAAACCCUCCACUUGUUUCCGAUGUGCGAGAUGUGCGUGCUGGCUGCGGCUGUGAUGUUUUCAAUGUGACCAUCAAGAACACGCAAAAGGCACACACUCAUCAUAAUUUCAAAGGGUUCCGGUCUUGA